UAUGUUUGUGUUUAUAGAUGUGCUGCAAGAAUAUACUGUGGUUCUAUUUUGCUCCUUUAGAAUAUUAAUUUUACUUCAAUGAUUCUAUUUUGUUGUACAUUUUAUUGAUUAAAAACACGUUUUUCUAAAUUGUUUUUAAAACUAUAUUAGUUCUUAGAAAUAUGUACAUUUUCAAAAAUGAACAGCUCUUUAAAGUGAACGCAUCCGUAAGAUUCGGUUCCCCUUUAAGACUCGGCAGUUCCCUCUCUAGUUAGUUUAGAUUUGUGUUUUGGGUUCUCCUCUGUCUACGCUGGUGUGACUUUAAGAGGCGGCAGAGCGCAGGGGAGUCCUCUGUUCACAUUGCUAUAGCAGGGUGGGGCUGCCGAUGCACCAACACUGCGCUUCCUGCUUCUCUCAGAGCAGCGCGAGACCAAACGGAGCCUGUGACGCGCUAUGUCUGCAGCAGAGUGGAGGCAGAAAUGCGAGGCGGAGUGGGGUCUCCAGGGCGCCCCGAUGCCCGAUGAUGUGGACUGGAAGUCUGUGUAUGAAGCCAAGCCGCUGGGACGGAACCUGCUGAAGAACCCGGCUCCUAUCGGGUUUAGUAAGGACACCCCUCCGCCUGAGCCUGAAUUCCCAAGUGCACCUCCACGUGGACCUCCCCGCUUUCAGCCCGAAGGUGACUUUGCUGGCUGGACCACGAACACAGAGGUCCUGCCUUACGACACCAGCGGCAUCCCACCGGGUGUUGUGGUCUGUGGCUUGCCGCGGUACAGCUGGUUCACCUUGGAGCAGGUUGUGGACCUGAAGGCAGAGGGACUGUGGGAUGAGCUGCUGGAUAAGUUUCAGCCUGAAAUAGUCAUUCAAGAUUGGUAUGAGGAAAGUCAGCUGCACGAUUACAUCUACCAGCUGCAUGUAAAGCUGCUGGCUGCAGACAAAACAACAGUCAUUUCAGAGCACACAGCUGAGCCCAAAGAGAACCGGAGUGUUUACUCCCACAACUGGAUGGAGGUGUCUCACGUGUUCUCCGGCUACGGGCCCGGUGUGAGGUUCGUCCACUUCCAGCACAAACUGAAGAACAGCUUCUUAAAUGACUUCUUCCCCACACGCUUCACUGGCAGCUCUGUCAUUGUGAAGCCACUCAAAAGCAGUUCAUAGGUUUGAGCUUCUAACGGAAAAGUCGCUGCUUAGUCAGGUCAGCUUUAGAAAGAACAUAAUCAAAUGCUUAAUUACACCAAUCAAUCUUGCUAUUGCCUUAUUAUUCUGUGCAGUUGUUAAUUUGGAAUAAUUUUUGAUACAUUUUAAAUUUGUUCUUGGGUUGAUUUACUUGUGGGGAACUAACAUGUUAUUGUGGCUUUAUAAAAACAUUGUAUUGUUGAACACUGGUUUGAGUUGACACUAACAUGAAGUAGAUGUGCCGGGUGGGCACGCUAACCAUGAAUUAAACAAAAGCAUUUGUUUCAAAAUGCAAAACUACACGAGGCUGAUGAUAAUCAAAUGUUUUUCAUACUGCCUAUUUAGUUUAGUCACAUGAAGGAGUUUUACAAACAGCUCCAUUUCAAAUGAAGUUAUAUGGGAUACAAUUUAGUUCAGUCAAAAAUGCAAUUCAAUUUUAAUGUCCAUUCAUAGGAAGUGAUUAAUAUGAUACAGUGCGAACAUAGUCAGUUUACCAUAAAAAAAGUUGAGUUGGAGUCCAGAAUUAGUCAGAUCCCUUUCAGAUUUAGAUUUAAAAUGCAUUUUAUUCAACCAAGAAAUGUGUUUCUUAUAGAAAAUCAGACCAGCAUCUCUUAAAAGACAUUAAAACAAAAUUUAAAAAGACAAGAAAUAUUUUUUUGGGGGGAAAAAAUCUGUUAAUUACAUUUUAGAAUAAAAUAAAAGGACAUUUCAAAAACAAUUUUUACCCUGCUUAAUUAUUAUUGGAGAAUAUUUUUGGUAUAAAGCAGUCAAACACUUCUUAUAACUGCUGACUAGCUUUUUGCAUGUCUCCAUUGGUAUUUUGUUCUGAAAAAUGUUUUAUUUACAUUUUAGCAAAAAUGACAUAUGAAAAUGAACAAUCAAUGGCUAAAAAAUAUGUUUUUGCAGCAAUUAAAAUCUUAUCAUUUCUAA